AUGAUUUCGAUAGAAGUUUUGAUUUUUCUAUUGUUAAUAAUAAAUUCCCGGGCGUAUGACAAUGAUUUUAUAAUUGACUACUUUAUCUACAAAGAAGUGUCCAGUGCCGUAGGAGUUACAUGUGGAGAUGAAAACAAUGAUAUACGACUUAUUAAAUCUUUUAACAAAAAUGGAAUUAGUGCUACGAUAAUAAAAAUGGAUUCACUAUUAAUUUCGAAUCUUACUGUAAAUUCCUUAUUUUGGAAAUUGGGAAUUUUUCUGGAUUUCAAAUGUCAGGCUGAUAAGGACAUCAUUUCCCUUUUUUCUAAAGCAUCUUUUAAAUAUUUGCAUUCUUGGUUGAUUCUAAACUCGAAUUUAGAAGAAACUCUGAAGCUUGUGAACGAUACUUCUUUUAGUGCUGUGACUGAUUUUAUGAUUGCAAUAUCAAAUAACAAAAGCUACACUCUUUACGAUGUUUUUAAUUUCUGUAAAUAUCGAGGUGGAGUUUUAAAUGUAACCUUUGCCGGAGAAUGGCUUUACAAAACAGGAAUAAAUAUUAGGUUACUAAAAGACCCAAUAGCGAAAAGAUCGGAUAUGCACGGAAUGACUCUACUAAUGUCUGGCCUGGUUAAUGACAGACCUAAGAAUGUAAAACUAGUGGAUCAUUUGCAAGACUAUGACAAAAAUAAAACGGUAGAUAUUUUGGGUAAAUAUACAUAUAUUUUAUGGCUUCACGUGUCUGAUAUGUACAACUUUACUAUUGAACCAGGAGAAUUCACAGAAUGGAAGUUAGGAGAUAAAAAUGGACCAAUGAUAGCAGCUCUUGGUAGAAGGGAAAUAGAUUUAGCAGGAACACCCGCUCAAAUAACAGACGAUAGAUUGAACUAUAUUUCAUCUCCGACAUCGCCUUGGCCUUUUCGGACCUGUUUUAUGUUUCUCACCACUCCUUCGAAAGAUAUCAAGAUAAAUGAGUUUUUGAGUCCCUUUACAACAGAAUGUUGGUACUUGACAAUAUUUUUGAUUCUUCUGGGCAGUCUUAGUUUUGGAUUCUUGUUGGUAAAGGAAGACAUUCCGAAUGAAGUAGAACGUUACUCGGAUUCGUUCCUCAUACCAAUAGGUUCCUUGUGUCAACAAGGGUCUGCAUUAUGCCCAACUCACACGGCUGGUCGAAUUGGUUUUUUGAGUGUAAUGAUCUUUAGUCUACUAAUGUACAACUAUUAUUCAGCCAGCGUUGUUUCAGCCCGCUUAAACGAACCACUUGCCAAAAUGAAUGACUCUAUCGUGUCCUUGACUAAGAGUAAUUUGAAAAUUGGUGUAGAAAAACAAAUAUAUUUCAUGUAUUUUCUUCAGAAAAAUGACUGGGAAACAAAUUUGUUUAGAGCCAGAUUUCUGUCACUUCCAGAGUCUAAGAGAUGGUUUCCUUCCGAUGAAGGUAUUAAACGCAUAAUUGAAGGAAAUUUUGCUUAUCACAUAGAUCCCAACAUUGCAUAUCCAAUUAUUGAAAGGACAUUCGACAAUCGUCAAAUUUGCCAACUUACUGAAGUUAAUUUUGUUCACACAACCCACAUGCCUUUCUUUGUUAGUAAGGACAGUCCUUUUCUGGAAAUGGCAACGAGAGGAAUGGCAAAAAUGUAUAGCACUGGAAUUCGGCAGAGACAAUUAAAUAGGUGGAGAUCAAGAGUUCCACUUUGUCGAAAAGAUAUUAUGGUGGUCGACAGUAUCACAAUUUAUGAAACUGCUCCGGCAUUAAUUCUGUUGACUUUCGGAAUCAUUAUUUCUGCUGUAUUAUGUAUUGCCGAAAAUAUUGAACUCGCUGUUUGCAAAUCUGAUCUCAUGAAACCAUAA